UUCCUAACCAACCAGGCUACAGCUCUCUAGAGUUCUAUUGACCAAAUCACCCUCUUCCCUUCUCCUUGGCACUUUCAUGUUGCUCUCAGUCACCCAACUUCACAACCACCCCUUCCCCACCAUCUUUUGCUGGUUAACUCCAUUCCAUGUCUUUUGACACCGUUCCUCUCCUCGUUUUCCUCCAAGCUUUCCAGAUUUGGACUCUGAGUCCUCUGUUUCUGCCAAGUAAGCUCUAUUUCCUCUCCUUCCGACUGUGUCCCAAGCCCAUUUCAAUAAACUAGCGUCUUCGGCGUUCAAAUCUCCUUAGCUUCUGCCUCUUCACCCUUCAAAUAAGCAUAUUUUGUUUCUGCAUGUUCUUUCACCGUGGACAUCUGGGAAAAUUGGUGGGUUCUGCAAAUAAUGCAGAUGCUGGGUUUGGUUAGUUUCUGGAUCUCUUUCGCCAAGCUUAGGACUCUGUGCUCGAGAGCUUCUGGUUUUAUGGAUAGAAUGAUGAAGGGUGAUUCCAAUGUCUGGGUACUUUCUUCCUUCAAUGGGCUUGUAGCCGCAGGAUCCUUCAUAUCUUUUCUUAUGGUCCUUUUCUGGGCAUACUCUUUUGUGUUUCCCACUUCGCACUUGCUCAUUCAGGGGCUGGAAAUUCGUAACAUUUCUGACUCGGCAGCUCAAAGUCGUGAGAUUCUGAAACCCAAUGUAUCAGUUUCUGCUUGCAAUGUGUUUGACGGAAGAUGGAUCCGAGACGAGAGUUACCCUUUAUAUGAUGCUUCACACUGCCCUUUCGCAGAACGUGGUUUUAACUGCCUUGCAAAUGGGCGUAAAGACAGAGGUUUUACGAAAUGGAGAUGGAAACCCAAAAAUUGUGAGAUUCCAAGGUUUGAUGCUCGUAGAUUACUGGAGGAACUUCGUGGGAAAAGGGUGGUCUUUGUUGGGGACUCUUUGAGUAGAACACAAUGGGAAUCUUUGAUAUGUUUACUUAUGACAGGAGUAGAGAAUAAAAGAAGUGUGUACGAAACCAACGGCAAUGAGAUCACUAAACGGAUUAGGUUUUUAGGUGUGAGAUUCAGCUCUUACAAUAUUAGAAUCGACUUUUAUCGAUCAGUAUUCUUGGUGAAGAAUGGUCCGGUGCCAAGAAAUGCUCCUAAAAGGGUGAAGACAGCACUAAGACUGGACAAGAUGGAUGAUAUUAGCCAUGAGUGGAUUGAUUCAGAUGUUCUAAUAUUUAAUUCAGGUCACUGGUGGACACGAAACAAGCUUUUUGACGCGGGGUGGUAUUUUCAAGUCGGUGACUCGCUAAAGCCUGGAAUGCCAAUCAAUUCUGCUUUCAGCACAGCUUUGCACACCUGGGCGUCUUGGGUAAAAAGCGCGGUGAACACAAAUAGAACGAAAAUAUUCUUCCGUACUUUUGAGUCAUCUCACUGGGGUAAAACUUGCAAAGUGACUAGUAGACCAUGGAAGAGGACAAAUGGGAGAGAUCGAAGCCCUAUAUCAGAUAUUAUAAUAAGGACUGUGAAGGAGAUGAAUGUAUCAGUAAGAGUUUUGCAUGUAACCCCAAUGGGUGCAUAUAGAAGCGAUGGGCAUGUGGGGCACUGGAGCGACAACCCGUCUGUGCCCGAUUGUAGCCAUUGGUGUCUGCCAGGAGUACCUGAUAUGUGGAACGAAAUUUUCUUCUCGUAUUUGCUGUCAACCAACGGGGCUAGCUGACAUCACAGCUUUUUGUAAAAAGUUGGAUGUUGCAAUCUCCUCUCCUCCCCUGGUUGCUAUCUCUAAAAGUUCUUCUUCUUUCUUUCUUUCUUUUUUUUUUUUUUCCUGGCCAGUUAUGUCUAAGUGUUUUUCUUGGCCGGUUAUAUCUAAAGUUAACCAAAUGCUGGGGCAGAUAAGUUGCAUGUGCAUGUGGGAAGCAAUUCCUUCAGUGUAAGCUUGUGAAUAAACGAGAGGCUCUGUGGUGUACAUUUGCUUUUCUGUGAUCAAGUUUUGUAGUUUUUGCCAAGAAACAAGAGUCUUCGGUGUAAUGCACAUUUAUGUAAUCGUUCAUUUCCGUUAAUAAAGAAAUUCAACUUGAAUUCCA